AUGGAUUCAAUGUGGCUAAAAUUUAUCCUUCUUAUUACAAUGGUUGCAGUCACUUUUAUCGCAGGGAUGGUUCCAGUUAAAGUGUUGAAAAUUCUAAGAAAACAUGCAGCAUCGGCAUCAACAUCAGCUCAGCAUCGACAUGCCUCCCUGGUUCUAUGUUUACUAACUUGUUUUUCUGGUGGUGUUUUUUUCGCCACAUGUUUUUUGCAUCUUUUCCCUGAGCUUACUGAACGCCUUCAUGAGAUUAAAGAGGAAUAUGCAAUUUCCAUAUCAUAUCCGUUAGCCGAAUUACUAUCAUGUAUCGGUUUUUUUCUUUUAUUUUUUAUUGAGGAAAUCAUUCUGCUCUUCUUACCUUCUGGCCAUGCACAUGGUUUAACAGCCACUGAAGUUGGUGAAAGGUUACACGAACGAAAUCAUGAUGAUCACUGUUGCCAUGAAAAUGUUCAUACUGACGUUCCUUCGAAAAACUGCUCUUCAUGUGGUCCUAAAGAUGAGGAAUCAUCUAGAAAAGGUCUGUUGUGUCAAAGGAAUUCUUCUCAUCGGUCAUCAUCAUUAGAAAGCCAACAUGCGAAAAAAGAAUCACAUUACAGUCACCACAUUGAUGGAAAAGACUCAACGCCUUUGCUUCGGCAGUAUGACAAUGGCAAAUAUGGCGCUGUUUCUCGGGAUUCUAGUCAGUCAUCUGGCAAACGGAAAACUUUGACAUUAGCAGAACCUGAAGCGUGCGAGCGGAAUUGUGAUAAUAUCAAAGAAGAUCCACCAAUUUUAAUGAAAAGUCGUCGUCAUGCUCACAGUCAUGGUGUUCGUAGCAUUACAUUUAUACUAGCUAUAUCGUUUCAUUCUAUUAUUGAAGGUCUAGCAUUUGGUGUGCAGUCAGAUAAAACUCGAAUAAUAACUCUGUUUAUAUCGCUAAUGGUUCAUAAAGUUAUUGUGGCAUUUUCCGUUGGACUGCAGUUGGCUCGUACUCAUGCCCAUGCUUUAGGCUGGGUAUCUGUGAGUAUGGCUCUUUUAUCAGUUAUGACGCCACUUGGUGGUUUUAUUGGUACAUAUGUUCAAAGCUCACAAAUGGAUACACAAAUUAAAGCCUUGACUAUACUGAUUUUGCAAGGAAUUGCUGUCGGCACAUUUAUUUACGUCACAUUUUUUGAAGUUUUAUUGCAUGAACGAGAUAAUGAACACCCGAAUCUUUUGAAGCUAGUUUUUAUGCUGAUAGGAUUUGCAUUGAUUGGUGGACUGCGGUUGUUUGACAAUCACUCUCAUUCGCAUAAAUCCCACAUGGAAGAAGAUGCAUUUAUUACAUCACCUCCAUGA